CAAUGUCAGAGAAUGAUUCAAAUUCAGUUCUUGAAGUAUCUGCUCCAAUUAAAGGUAGACUUAAAAGGCCUACAAGUUCAGAUGAAGAAAUAGAAGAAUAAAAAAAGGAUAUAUUUUCGGUUGAUUAACCUGAUUCUAUUGAAAUUAGUGAUUAAAGUGACAUUCAACAGAUAGAAAAACAAAAGAAAUAAAAAAAAUUAAAUUAAAAUCCUUAGAAACCUCGUAAACCUAGAUAAAAAAAAAAGAAUGAAAAUGCCGCCAAUUAAAAUGAGGAAAAUUAAGAAAUAUAAAAAAAAGAAAAAUAAUAAAAAUAAUCAAAGCCAAAAAAGAAAGGAGUUGAAACUAAUGAAAAAACUCUAGAAAAUUUACUAAAUAAAAAAUUUAUUUAAGCAGAAGAAGAGGAUGAACCACCAAGAAGAGAAAUGGAAAUAGAAUAUGAAAAUAAUAGAAAUGAUAGAGAUACUUUUGGAAUUGAUAAUAAACCAAACAAAAGAAAAGCAUAAAAUGCUAAAAAUAUCAAUUAACUAAUUAAAAAUAGACAUAAAUUCUUUACUGAAUUUGAGGAUACUCCUUUAGAAUUUUAAAAUGAACAUUAAAAUUAUUAAGAAAUAGAUGAUGAUGAUUAAUUUGAAUUAAAAUUUGAAAAAUAAUAAAUAGAAGAAAGUGCAAUAAAAUAAAAAGCAAAACGAGACAUGUUAAACAAAGUAUAAUAAUAUAAAUAGAAUGUUUUGGUUUUUGGUGAUUAAUAAAAAUCAUAAAGAUCUCUAUUCUCUAGCAAUAUGUUACCAUCUUAAGAUUUAGAAUUAAAUGCAAAUAGUUAACCAAAAUUUCCAUCAUUGAUGAAAACAACUUCAUUUAUUUAAGAUGAGUAAAUAUAGAAAUAAGAAGGAGAAUCUAAAAAUAUAUUAUUAAGAAAGACAUAUUCAAUGGGAUUGAAGAAAGGGUUAUCAUAAGAAGAUAUUGAAGAUCCAGAGUUAUAAUUAUUCAUACCAAAAAUAAAUGGAGCUAAAGAUAAAAUAUUUGAAAAUACUCUUUUUCUAAAUAAAAUAAAAUAGAAAGGUUUUGAUAGAGUUGUUUAAACAUCAACUAGUUUAAAUAAUAGUAAUAAAGCUUAUUCAAGAAGUGAAUUUUAAUAAUUAUUACAAUAAAAAUAAGUUGAACAUAAAGCAAAUAAAAUUAAUUUAUCAUUAAAUGAGUUAAUGAAUAGAUUUUAAAGUACUACUUUUGAAUAAAUUGAAUAAUAAAGGUAAAAAAAUUAAAUAGCAGAUGAUGGUGGUUAAGAUGGGGAUGAUUCAUCUCCUGAUGAGGAUUUUAUUCCAAAAUAAGGUGAAUUAAAUUAAGAGAGUGAAGAUAUUGAUGAUGGAAGUAGUGAAAGCAAUGAUAAUAAUAAAUUUAUAGAUAAUAAAGUCAAAGUAUCUAAAUUAACAGAAAAAGAAAUUGAAGAGUAAGAAAAGAAUGAAAUUGAAAAAGAUAAAGAUUUUGCUGUUAUAAUAGAAGAGAAAUCUGAUAUAAUGAGUUAGAUUGAUGAUGAAGAAAAAAAAUAAUUAUAAUAAAUUAAAACAGGUUUAUAAAAAGAUUCUGAUUCUGAUCAAAAUGAAGAUGAUGAAGAUGAUUAAAAUAAGGAAUAUGAUGAUGAGGAAGAAAAAAAGAAGGAAGAUCAUAAAAUAUAUGAUAAUAAUGAACAAAAAAAACUUGCCAAAAUAAUUUCUAGUGAUGAUGAUGAUGAUGAUGAUCAAUAAGUUUAAGAAAUCAAUGAAGAAGAUUUAAAUAUGUUUAGACGUUUAAAAAAAGUAUCUACAAUGUUUAAAGAAAGAAAGAAAAAAGAAAAAGAAUUAGAAGAGAAAAAAAAAUAAAGAUUAGAGAGAUAAAAAGAAAGAGAAAAAAUGAGAAAAUUUAUUGAAUCUAAUUUGGUUGAAGAUUAAGCAGAAUAAGGAUCUGAUAAUGAAUCUCAUGAUGAUGUUGUCAAAGAAAUAAAAGAUGAUGAUGAUGAUGAAGAAGAAAAUGAUGUUAUAGAAAAAGAAUUGUUAGAAAUGAUUGAUGAUAAAAUAGAAGAUUUAGAUGAAGAAAAUGAAAUAAGAGCAUUUCAUAUCUUUAUGGAUAGAGUACAUGCAUAAGAAAAAGAAGACAUUAAGAAAAUUCUUAAAGGAGAAUUCAAAAGAAGGAAUGGUAAAAUUUCUAAUAUAGAUUUAAUUAAUAUGGAGUAAACUGAAGAAGAAAAAUAAGCUAGAUUAAUGCAUAAAUUCGAAGAAAGUGAAGAAGAAAAUUAUGAUUCUGAUUUUGAAAACUAUUUGAAAAUGAGUAAAGAUUAAAAAAAAGAAUUUUUAAAAGAAAAAAGAUUAUAAAAGAUUUUAUAGGCCUAAAAAGAAAUGAAUUAAUAAACUAAAAAAAAUAGAUUGCAAGAAUAAUAAUUCUUUUAGCCAGAUCUUUUGAAAAUUGUUGAAUAAGCUAAAAAAAAGUAAUAAGAUGCUUUGUAAAAAAAGUUUAAUUAGAAACCUCCAACUUUUGGGUAGACGAUUCUAUAUUAGAAAAAUAUUAAUGAAAACUCUAAUGCGCAAAAUUCUAAUUCAAUUUCAUAAUUACCUCCCCAUAAAAAAGAUAAUAAAUAGCAAUCAAAUAAAACAAGCUUAGCUAUAAAUAGACUUUUUUCUGCCAACUUAAAUGCAAAAGGAUAAACAUUAUAAAAAUCACCCAAUAAAGCAGUGUUGUUGGGGAAAAAAAAAUGA